CUCAUUUGCUCAUCCAAUUGUUCCCUCAUAUUGGUCUUCAACUCUUUGUUUUCAAUAUUUUUGAAGUUAAUCUUUAGAUUUUUCUCAAGCCAAGUGUUUUUAGAUAUUAUUAUAUCUGGAAUUUAUAUGUUAAAAGGAAAUUGAACUAAGAUCAGAGGAUUCUAAGUGAACUUAUAACGAGAGAGAAUGAAAAGUAGAAAUUUUUCUUCUUGUUUUUUUUUUAUUUCUUGUUGUUCGGUAUAUAAUUGUAAGCUCCAUGGUUGUAUUGACAACCCUCUCUUUUCCCAAGAAUCCAACGUAAUCUUGUAGCAUCACCCAAAUGUUGCAGUAUCUGAAUUCAUGUAUACAUGUUUUCCAAUAUAUGUCCUUGUUCUCUGAAUGUCAAAAAUGUCUUGAGACUGGUGAGUCUUCUUUUGUGAUAAGGUAUCUGGUAAGUGAAAGAGUUAUGGUUUCUUUCUCUUCAAAACCGGUUUUCUAGAAGGUGGUUUUUGACACUCCUGUAUGUAAUGUUACGAAUGGACUAAAUUGCCCUUUUAAAGACUUUCCCCAAAAUUUACCAGUUCUGUUUCAGCCGAGAACACUUGAAAUCGAAGAGACUGGGUGCAACCUCCUUCACGUACAUCUCGAGCAACUCAGCGCGCGAACUUCGAACAGCCGGAUGCGAGCCUCUCCGACGACGGAAACCCUGCAGAUGCGCGCCUCGACGCCGCCUCCGCUCCGUCGCUUCCAAAGCUGGAAAUCUCGUAGAAGUCUCUGAGGCAGUUAAGCCUAAUAUCUCUAAUGAUGGAGAUACUGCCAGCUCAACCCUUGAAGCAUCUAUAUCAUCUCUCACGCUUACUAGUUCGUCAUGUCUCAACCCAAGAAAGUCUUUCCAAGAAAGUUAUUCUUUGUCCUGACCCCUCCUUGCAACAAUCUUACAUGGAAUUGUCACAGACAUUCUACGAAGCUAUGAAAACUUGUGCAUCUCUCAAGUCGAUACCCAUUGCCAGACAACUCCAUGGCCAACUCAUUUCUAUAGGCUUGGACUCUGCUAUUUUCCUCCAGAACCAUCUCUUGCAUAUGUACUCCCAGUGUAGCCUGGUAGAUGAUGCUUGUCGGGUUUUUGAUAGUAUUCAACAACCUAAUGUUUUUAGUUGGAAUACAAUGAUCAGUGGCUUGGUAGAUUCGCAUCGGAUGAUGGAAGCAGAGAAGUUGUUCGAAGAAAUGCCCAUGAGAGAUUCUGUGUCUUGGACUACAAUGAUGUCUGGGCAUUUUAACAAUGGACAACCAGCAAAGACCAUUAAAGUGUUUGCUUCAAUGGUUCGGAACUGUGAUAGUUUUUCCGACCCAUUUUCCUUCUCUUGCGUAAUGAAGGCUUGUGGUAGUCUUGGCUACAUCAAAUUGGCUCGUCAAUUGCAUAGUCUUGUGGAGAGGUUAGAUUUUGCAAACAACAUGGCGAUUCAAAAUUCGAUUAUUGAUAUGUACAUUAAGUGUGGUGCGUUGAGCUCUGCUGAGAAAAUGUUUUGGAGGAUCCCAUAUCCGAGUUUGUUUUGUUGGAACAGUAUGGUCUAUGGUUACUCGAAACUUUAUGGGGUUGGAAGGGCUCUUCAUUUGUUUGUUCAAAUGCCUGAACGUGACUGUGUGUCUUGGAACACCAUGAUUUCAAUCUUGUCUCAACAUGGUUUUGCAGUUGAGAGUCUCAGUAUGUUUGUUGAGAUGUGGAACCAAGGUUCUAGACCAAAUUCUUUGAUAUAUGCCACAGCACUUAGUGCAUGUGCAAGCAUACAUGAUCUUGAAUGGGGUACCCAUUUGCAUGCUCGUAUCAUCCGUAUGGAACCAAUUCUUGAUGUUUUUGCAGGUAGUGGGCUGAUUGAUAUGUAUGUCAAAUGUGGACACUUGCAUUUUGCAAGGCAGGUGUUUAACACCAUGACAGAACGCAAUGCAGUUUCUUGGACUUCUUUGAUCAGUGGAAUUGUGCAGUCUGGGCUUGAAGACGAAGCUUUAUUGCUGUUUAACCAAAUGAGAAAGGCUCCUAUUUCCUUGGAUGAGUUUAUUCUUGCAACAGUCCUUGGGGUUUGUUCAGGCCAAAAGCAUGUUUUAGUUGGGGAACAGCUCCAUGGAUAUACAAUCAAGGCUGGGAUGACCUCUUCUACUCCUGUGGGGAAUUCUCUUGUCACAAUGUACACAAAGUGCGAAAAUACUCAUAGUGCAAACCAGGCAUUCAAGCUGAUGCCAGUUAAAGAUAUAAUAUCAUGGACAGCAAUGAUCACGACAUUCUCUCAAAUUGGUAAUGUUGAAAAAGCUCGAGAAUAUUUUGAUAAAAUGCCAGAGAGGAAUGUCAUAACUUGGAAUUCAAUGUUAGCAACAUAUUUCCAAAAUGGUUUUUGGGAAGAAGGCCUAAAAUUGUAUAUUCUAAUGCGAAGGUUGGAGGUUAAACCUGAUUGGGUCACCUUAGUAACUUCAAUCAGUGCCUGUUCUGAUUUAGCAGUAUUAAAACUUGGGGUUCAAGUUAUAGCUCAAGCUGAAAAACUAGGGUUUAUCUCUAAUGUUUCAGUCAAAAAUAGCAUUAUUACUUUGUAUUCAAGAUGUGGGAGAAUUGAAGAAGCGAAAAGAGUUUUUGAUUCAAUUUCUGAUAAAAAUUUGAUUACGUGGAAUGCGAUUAUGGCAGGAUAUGCUCAAAAUGGUGAAGGUAGGAAAGUGAUUGAUGUUUUUGAGAAUAUGUUGAAAACGGAUUGUGAACCUGAUCAUAUAAGUUUUGUAUCGGUUCUAUCAGGUUGUAGCCAUUCGGGGCUUGUAAAAGAGGGGAAACACUACUUCACUUCCAUGACUGAAGAAUUUGGCAUCUAUCCAACAUGUGAGCAUUUUGCUUGUAUGGUAGACCUACUUGGUCGGGCUGGGUUAUUAGAGGACGCCAAGAAAUUGAUAGAUGAAAUGCCCUUUAAGCCAAAUGCUGCCAUAUGGGGGGCCUUGCUUGGCGCUUGUCGGGUUCAUCGCGAUUCAAAGUUAGCAGAAGUUGCAGUGAAAAAUUUGAUUGAUUUAGAUAUAGAUGAUUCUGGGAGUUAUGUCCUUCUAGCUAAUACAUAUUCUGACUGUGGACAAUUAGAAGCUUUUGCAGAUGUUAGAAAGGAGAUGAGAAAGAAGGGCAUUGAGAAAAAACCCGGUUGUAGCUGGAUAGACGUUGAUAAUAGGGUACAUGUGUUCACUGUAGACCACACUAAUCAUCCGCAAAUAAAGGAUAUUUAUAGAAUACUGAAUGAGAUUGUUAAGAACAUAGGAGAUACAAGUUGCUCUGUGAAUCCACUUAGCUCACUAUUUUAUCAGGAUAAUCACAUUGAAAAACUUGAUGUUGCUGUUGGGAUUGUUUGAUGCCUAUCUACAUGAUGAAAAACCUUCAAGUUUUCCUUGAUUGCCACAUGGUAACGAAGCUGAUUUCCCUUUCUACCUCAAGGGCACUUAUAAUGCAGGGUAGAUACCGGUUUCAUAGUUGCAAGGUUGGAAUUUGCUU